GCUCAGCACGGAACGGAACCCCGGACCACUGAAGCACCGCUGCCCGAGCCUCCGAGCCUCCGAGCCUCGAUCCCCGCAGUCCGAGGAGCGAAGCCCGGGUCCCACGGAGCUCACACACCCGACCUUCCAUCCUCCAUACUCUCCACCGGGCCUGCUGUGCAUCUGACCGCGGCGCUGGGGCAGUGCUUUCCGGGGGCUCUGGCUGGGUUUGGUCGGGGAGGCAGCGGGGGGAAGCACGGAGCUGGUCCCGCAGGAUGAUGGAGCUGGAGCCGGCUAGCAGCCGAGGAGGCGAGCCGGGGGCAGCGGCGGGAGGGGACUCGCUGCAGCCGCCGACCCCGAGCCGGCAUGAGAAGAGCCUGGGGCUGCUCACCACCAAGUUCGUGACCCUGCUCCAGGAGGCGAAGGACGGGGUGCUGGACCUGAAGGCGGCUGCAGACACCUUGGCAGUGCGGCAGAAACGACGCAUCUACGAUAUCACUAAUGUGCUGGAGGGGAUAGGACUCAUAGAGAAGAAGUCCAAGAACAGCAUCCAAUGGAAGGGUGUGGGUCCGGGCUGCAACACCAGGGAGAUCGCCGAUAAGCUGAUUGAUCUGAAGGCAGAGUUGGACGAUCUGGCUCUCAGGGAAAACGAGCUGGACCAGCAGAGAGUCUGGGUCCAGCAGAGCAUCAAGAACGUCACAGAUGACUCCAACAAUAGUCCUAUGGCAUAUAUAAAACAUGAAGACCUCUGUGGAUCCUUUAAAGGUGACACACUCCUAGCGAUUCGUGCUCCCAUCGGCACACAACUAGAGGUGCCCAUCCCAGAAGCUGUCCUCAAUGGGCAGAGGAAAUACCAGAUCCGUCUCAAGAGUUCAUCUGGUCCUAUCGAGGUUUUGCUGGUCAAUAAGGACCCGUCCAGUGCCUCUCCUGUUGUUCUGCCGGUCCCUCCUCCAGAUGACAUCCUUCAGAGCCUCCCAGCACCAGCACCUACCUCCCAGUCGGCCACUGCUGCCUCCCAGGUCUCUAAAUCAGCUCCAGUCCCUUUUACAAAACCUGGUCCUGCCACAGACUCAGUGACAGAAGUGACGAGCACGACGCCUCUCACCCCGACAACAGGUCCGCUGACUCAGCAACUUCAGUCGUCUGCCUCGCUGGAUGGAUCUGCAUCCUCCUCUGCCUCUGCACUGUUUGAACCAAUCAAGUCAGAUCCAUCUGAAUUACUGGAUUUCCCCAAAGACCUCUCAGAAAUGUUUGAUCCAACAAGAGAGAUCAUGAGCGGAGAUUUGCUGGACGACUUGAUGUCAUCAGAGGUGUUCUCGCCGCUCCUCCGUCUGUCGCCUCCGCCCAGCGACCACGACUACAUCUACAACCUGGACGAGACAGAAGGCCUGUGCGACCUCUUCGACGUGCCCAUUCUCAACCUCUGACCCCUGAGAUCUCUGUCGAGGGGGGGAACCGUUGCCCUUACAUGCUGAUCUACCUUCAGUUAUCCCCCCCCCUCACUGACAUUGAAGGUAAGAGGCGGUGCAGGGAAGCCAACAGGAUCUGAUGAGCCUUCAAGGACACGUGAGCUCAAGCUGAGCUUCAUCAGACAGGAGCUCGAUGUACAGCCUCAUGAAGAAAUACAGAUGAGAACAAAACGUUUUAUUCAAUGCUUUUUCCAAGGAAACAGAGUCACAACAAAUGACAAAUAAUUAUAUUUUUGGAUUCUUGUGUAUUAUAAAUCCAUACGUUUGUUUAUUAGCUUUCUCGUGAGCGAAUGUGUGUAAGCUUCCUUUACAUGCGGUUGGUUGUGAGUCUGUGUGCCUGCUUGUUGUUUUGUAUUGAACACUCUUAUUCUGAGUCAGACAUCUCCAGGUAAAAAACAAAAAAAAAAAAGAGAGCAACCUAUCGGAGCAUGGCCUUUAUCACCUGGCAGCUGCUCCCACGUGGCUGAAACGAGUCCAAACACAGCUGGUGAAAUAUGCACUGUCCUCAUGUACAUAGAGAAUAUAUAUUUUGUAAAACCAGCACGCAAGAUUAUUGUAAUAUUAUGAAUGACACAGGCAGAGCGAUAUGUGCCAGACGCAGAGGAUCAUACUGUACGUAAGAAGUGCUUUGUUUUAAAUAUUGGUGCUGGUCUUUGGCCCUGUUCAAAUCUGGUCUUAGCAUCUGUCCCGAGAAACAUGUCUGUGUGUUUGUGGUGAGCAGCAGAAGUGAAAUUUCACCAAAGUUCAACUCCACGUGAGGCCACGCUUUGAGAAACCUUUUAAUCCCCCCAUCGCUCGCACAUAUUGAUACAUUGGCUUAUAUGUGACCCUUAGUAAGGACUGUAUGGAUGACUAUCUGCAGCUAUGUAGAAUGAUUUUACCCAUUUAAGAAAUUCUGCGGUGAUCACUGUGGAAGUUGUGGCGAUGGAUACAGGCAAAUCACAUAUUUGACGCUGAGAAACAUAAAAAUACUUAAUUCGUUAUGAAGCUGAGGCAGCAGGGAGGUGGCCCAGGACACAUUGAAGUUCAAGCAAUUAAAAUAAUGUGGCAACCUCUGAAUGUUCGUUUGAGUGAUCGGAUCUCGAGACACCCCACUCAGGGCGGAUGUUGACACCAGGCCUGUCUGGGCGGGGCUUUGAUUUCCAGUGCCAAAGUAUAAAGAAGGAGAAUCUUUGAUACUAUUGAAGCCAAUUCACUUUAUUACGGAACAAGCCACGGACCAAAAAGAAAU